AUGGGCGGGGACAGACCUGUAUUUUGUGGUAAUUUUGAGUACGACGCCAGCGUGCGGGAGAUUGAGAGGCUUUUCGACAGAUAUGGAUCGCUGGACAGGGUGGACAUGAAAACUGGUUUUGCAUUUGUCUACAUGAGGGACUCUCGAGAUGGCGAUGAUGCCAUCAGGGGACUUGAUGGGCGUGAAUUUGGGAACCGAAGGCGAAGACUUCGUGUUGAGUGGGCGAAGAUGGAUGGGGAAGUGCGGCGCCGUGAGGAUCUGAGACGGCGGCAGAUGAAGCCUGCGACCACUCUCUUUGUGGUCAACUUUGAUGCGGAUCGGACACGCGAGCGUGACUUGGAGAAGCACUUUGAGCCCUUUGGUCGGCUGAAGCGCGUGCAGAUCAAGCGCAACUAUGCAUUUGUGCAGUUUGAGAAUGUAGAUCAGGCGGCCGAUGCUCUCAAAUCUGUGAACGGCACCCACCUGCCAGGCGCGCACCAUACUUGCUGA